AUGCGCGGCGGCACCCCGAGCAGCAGCGGCGAUGCGCCGGCGACUUCACCGUCACCGCUACCCCGCGCGUUGAUCAUCUCGUUGGCCGCCUUGCUGUCCAUGUUCUUCGUCACCUUCGCCGGAGUGGCGGCGCUCGUUUUCCGCUGCUGCCAGAGGAGGGCUGGCGCCGGCUCCGAGCAUACGCCGCCGCGCGCCCCGGUCCCAUGCGAGCGAGAUGCCCGGCCCUUUCCCGUAGAGACGAUGCCGCCGGCGUUCGCCUACGCUCGCGGGCAUGAUGACGAACGCGGCGGCACGGCGGCGUGCGAGUGUGCGGUGUGCCUCGGCGCCGUGAAAGAAGGGGAGAUGGUGCGGCAGCUGCCGGAUUGCGGUCACAUGUACCACGUCGAGUGUAUUGACCGGUGGUUGGCAGCGUACCGGACGUGCCCGUUGUGCCGGUCUGAGCUUGAUCCCUUCAAGGCGAACUCCGAUGUGCUGCCACCGCCUCGGCCUCCGCAGGAGUAUCCACAUGAUCAUCAACUGCCUGUUUAUCUCAGAAAAAAAAAGUGCAGCUAG